AUGGGCAACACCUUCAGCCUGUGCUCUCCGUUCCGGCGCCGUCUGCGCCUCCAGGAUUCGGGGCAUGAGAAGCUCGAGGACCCUCUCCCUCAACCUCAGUUCCUCUUCCCCUCAGAAGAGUACCCAAAGUAUGCGCUUCUGCCCUCAUCCGAAGAACCCUAUGAAGUGCGCUUCUGCACGCACACGCCCGAGCCUGAUUCUGGCCGUUGCGCAUGCGAUGAGUGGACCGAGUCCCGGCACUGGCGCCUGGUGGCGGGACUCGACGACGCAACGCAGCCCGGCACAUUUGAGGCACUGCAGCCCAGGCCGCGCAGCAAUCCGUUCGAGAAGGCCGAGGUGCAGCUUGCCCCCGACGUCGUUCCGCCGCGGUAUGCCCUGCUCUCUGCUGCCGAGAUGCCGAAUACAGUGCGCAACUGCGUCCACGUGAGGUACGAGGGCGAGGAGCGCUGCGACUGCGACCAGUGGCUCGAGAGCCGCCGGUUCCGCGUGCAGAAUGGUCUGGACAAUCCCGAAGACCCCGACGUCAGGCGUGGCCUGCAGCCCAAGCCGCGUAAGACGCCUACGAUCCGUGUCAAGCGCCGCAGGUACACGAGUAUCAGCAUACCCAAGGACAACAGCGACGAUGGACAUUCCCCCAGCUCGACACAUUCCCGCAACUCGAGCCGAAACGAGAAGCAAUAG